AUGGCCGACACCAAGAGAAAGCGCUCCCUGCGCGAGUCCACAACUCGAAGCACAGCCAAACGUCAAGAGGCAGCCAAAGGAGUUCCUGCUAAGAGCGAAACUCCAGUUGAGCCCUCACGACCAGCGACACCUGAACCUGAGGUUGAAGAAGUUCCCACCAGUUUUGAGGCCCACGGGCCGCUACCAACUUCGAGUCAACUUCAAGAGCCGGAGGCACUCCCUGGUAAAGAAUGGAAGUCGAUUUCUGAAAGUGCCGUCCUACAAACGGCCUUCGAUCGAUCUCGAGAUGUCUGGCUCUCCGGAAAGAUGUUCGACCGAUAUUGGACGAAGCCCACCAAGAGGAAGGUGGUUGACCUAUCGAACCCUCCAAAAGAUUCCAUGGUAAAGAUUGGCGAAUGCAUGAUAAGCAUCCACCCGCAUGUUUUCGAAGCCAAGCUUUACACUGUUAGGGAUAGGGAGAAAGAACGGCAACGGGACCUCGAGUUUUUACAUCAACAAGAUCAAUACCAAGCCCAGUUGGCCCAGAUGCCAAAGGUUCCUGUUACGAAGCCAUUGAUUGCGAAACCCACUCCAACAAAAGUCGCCAUCCCACAGUCGGUUGCGGCCGACCAAUCCAAUCUGAAUGGCCAAAAGCCUGGCCAUCCUGGUAGCCCCCGAAAUCCUAACGAGUCUGGCCAUUUAGCUUGGAGAGUUGAUCCUAAGGGGAGCGGACAAGCCAAUGGGAAUGGACAUUCACGGCCGGUGCAAACUGGUGUUUCUGGGUCUCCUACCAAUGGUUCGCCUCCACCACCCCUCUCAACGGCGAGACCAUCACAGAGUAACUCAGGUCCUGAUCCCGUAAUCCAAUUACUGGCAACCCGUGCCUCGAAUGACCCUAACCUUAAGGCUUUGAUGAGAGUCGUGGCCGCCGGUCAAGCCAACAAAGAGCAAUUAGCAGCCUUCCAGGCUCAUAUUGAUGAACUAACCCCGUUAGCUCGUGCGAGUGCUGCUGCGAAGGCCCAAAGGGCUGCUCUUGGGCCUCCAACCCCAUCGAGCACCCCUCAAAGCCCCUCUGCCUCUUCUCCUACCACUGGGGCCCAAACUGCACCUAGACCUACGUACCAACCUAUUCAACCGGCUGGGCCAGUCCCGGCUCGAUCGCCCGAAAAUGGUCAAACAGUAAUUCCAAGGCAGACCGUAACGGUCCUACCCAAGCCUAAACAGCUAAGCGUCGCAGACCGCAAGCACCUAGAUAUCAAAGAUGUCGUAUUUGAAUUUAGUAUCGCCACUAUUGGUGAUCGAUACUACAUUCCUCGCAAAUCCAUCCUAGAAUAUCGUCAGAAGGGCACGCAACUGCUUGUAUCGUAUCUCUAUAUUUCAGAGGUCGAUAAAACUUUCCAGCCGAUAACAAUAACCAUCAACGCUCCCACUCCUAGAACCUUAGAACCCAUCUCGAGAGUAGUUGAACCUAAAGAAACAGUCCAAGCUUACAUGAAAGAUAUUAUGUCAAGAUACAGCCGUGCUAAUCACGGGUAUCUUCUCAUGCGUCUCAAGCGGGACGAGGCAGAAAUCCUUGCAGCUCAAGAAGCCGAAGCAAGAAGACUCAAGGAGGAAGAAGAAAUCAAGAAACGAUUAGCCAAAGCGGCUACCGAGGCAGCCGCCGCAGAAGAGAUGAUGUACAAGGAUCUUCUUAAGAGGGAGAUUCCAAAGCCUGCUACAUCGAUUGUCAAAUCAAAGAAAAAAUCGCAUUUAACCCUUGACGACGGCGUCAUCGCGCUUGAUUUGCCAAAACCGAAACUUAAGACGAAAUAUUCGCGCAAAGGGCGUAUUGCAGACCCCAGCAAGAACUGUCAUCUCUGUGGCACAAACAAAACUAGUCUAUGGCGUCGUGCCGAGAUCGAUGGAGAGACUGUCGUUGUUUGCAACGCCUGUGGUAUCAAAUGGAAGACGAAUCAAGACAAGAAGGAGAGAGGAGAAACUCCAUUGGAAUAUGGACCUAAGAUGGUCAGGAUUAAGAAGGAGGGGGCAAUCAGAACGGGAAAGACUGCUGUUAAGACUGGUAGAUUGAUGCAAGCAAUGAUGGAAUCGGUUAUUCGAGUUGAACCGGGGGAGCUGUCUGAUACGAUUGUUCUAUCAGGAAUGCAUCAAUUGACACCGGAAGCCUCUACUCAACAUCCACAAACAACCCCGGUGGAGGUCAUGGUUCAGGACCAGGAAACGACUUAG